AAAAAGCCAUUAAAUCCCAUCCUUCCAAACCACCCAAGCUAAUAAAGCAAUCACAAAGUCUUCCUACCAUUUCAUAGGAUCGAUUCCAAAAGAUUUCACACAAAAAAUUCCAAUGGCUCAAGUAAAAAUAAGUAAGGGUCUUGUUUUGGUUAUAUUGGCCAUGCUAUGUGCAGAUGCUAUGGCACAAUCAAGUUGCACGAAUGUGUUAGUAAACCUAUCACCAUGUCUCGACUACAUCACGGGGAAGUCUUCAACACCAACUUCAGGGUGUUGCACACAACUUGCAAGUGUUGUGAAAUCACAACCACAAUGCUUAUGUCAAGUUCUUGAUGGUGGAGGAUCAUCAUUGGGGAUCAAGGUUAAUCAAACUCAAGCUCUUGCCUUGCCUUCUGCUUGCAAUGUGCAAACUCCACCAACAUCUCAGUGCAAAACGGCAAAUUCACCAGCUGGAGCCAGAACCGUGCCAUCAACAGAUGAUGGGUCGUCCGAUGGAAAUUCCAUCAAGUUAUCAAUUCCUAGGUUGUUCGUUGUUUUUGCAGCUACAUAUUUAUGCUACAACUUUCAGGACAUACUGGCAUAUUGAUUAUUUAAUUCCUAGAUCUUCCAUUUAGAUUGUUAUUUUCACUUGUUGAAUUUGUGAUACUAGAUAUUUAUGCAAUGUUGUGUGGUGUGAAACAUGAUUGAGUUCUGUAAAGAGAAAAAUAAAUCGAAAGAAAUAUUGAUUAUAUAUUUAAAUUUAAGAGAGUUAAAAAGGUUGAUUA